CCAAGGUAUAUAAACCCUAGGUAGAACCUGAAAAGAGUGGAAGGCGCAAACAUGAUGAAAUUUGUUGUCCUAGCUUUUCUGGUUGUUGGAGCUUAUGGGUGUGGAUUACCCACCUUUCCUCCCAUUGUACAGAGGGUUGUGGGUGGUGAGGAUGUCCGUGCCCACAGCUGGCCCUGGCAGAUCUCCCUCCAGUAUACCAGUAGUGGUAACUGGUACCACACCUGUGGAGGAACUUUGAUCUCUGACCAGUGGGUUCUGACUGCUGCUCACUGUAUCGGAAGCAGAACUUACAGAGUCUACCUUGGCAAACACAACCUGAAGGUGGAAGAGAAUGGUUCUUUGGCUGUCCCAGUUGAAAAAAUCAUUGUCCAUGAGAAGUGGAAUUCUUUGUUUAUCCGUAACGACAUUGCCCUGGUGAAGCUCCAGACUCCUGUGGCUUUCAGUGAAACCAUCACACCUGCAUGCCUUCCCGAGGACGGUUUCAUCUUGCCCCAUAAUGCUCCUUGCUACGUCACUGGCUGGGGACGCAUGAAGACUGGAGGUCCCAUUGCAGAUAUCCUGCAGCAGGCUCUGCUCCCUGUGGUUGACUAUGCUACCUGCACUAAAUCUGACUGGUGGGGAUCUCAAGUUAAGGACACCAUGGUCUGUGCUGGAGGAGAUGGCAUUGUGUCUGGCUGCAAUGGUGAUUCUGGUGGCCCCCUGAACUGCCAAAAUGCUGUUGGUGCCUGGGAAGUCCAUGGUAUUGUGAGCUUUGGCUCUGGUCUGAGCUGCAACUACGUCAAGAAGCCCACAGUCUUCACCCAAGUCAGCUCCUACAGCAGCUGGAUCAGCACUACCAUGGCCAGCAAUUAAGGACAGUGUGGAUGACAAUGAUGAUAAAAGCUUUCUCUACAUUGCAAACAAUAAAACAUCUGCUUGAGAGAGA